UAUGCCGUUUCCAAACGGAAAAACAAGAUGCCAUAGUUUUGCCUUUCUCCCGUUUGUUGUUCAUGUACUGCAAUUUAUAUUGCCCUGCCUUCUUUUUAAGACAUAUAUCAAAAUUUCUGAUUACGUGUACAUAAUUUUCCCGUUCAUAAAAUUUUGCUGGUUUUCCUAGUAAAAUAGAUUGGAAUAUAUAUAACACAUAUUAUUGGCUUUAAAAAUGAGGAAAAAUAUGCUGAUGCAAUCAAAAUACCUCUAAAUUCACAAUGUAUUUUAACCAAACCCGAAAAUUAAUUUGUACCCCCCCCCCCCGCCCUAAAAGUGUUGUGCACAUUGAAAGUUCAACUGCUACGAGUACAUCUAGCUCAGUAAUUGUCAGGUUCCCGAGACCCCUCUGCAUUAGGUACCUCUGCAUUACGCUAGCUCAGUAAGAACUUUGGGUGGGAACUUUGGAUCGGGUUUGAUAUACUUGCUGAAUCACAGAUCCGAUUUCUUCUUCCGAAAUGAAAUGUAGAACUAUUAUUAAAUAUUUUUAGAUGAAUUAACGAUUCUAAAAUUUUCUAUCACAAUAGACAAUCUCAUCAAAUUUAAUUCUUAUAUUAAAUACACAAAAUUUAUUGUUUUAAUCCCCAUAUCCGAGAAAGAGAAAAUACGAACUAUACAACUACGCGGAGGGAAAUAUCAGGGUCAAGAUGGAGGCGAUAGCGAAACAUGACUUCAGAGCAACUGCUGAUGAUGAAUUAAGCUUUAGCAAAAAUAACAUUUUAAAGAUAUUGAGCAUGGAUGAUGAUCAAAACUGGUUUAAAGCUGAGCUAGAUGGUAAAGAGGGAUAUGUACCAAAUAAUUAUAUAGAAAUGAAACCACACCCUUGGUUUGCUGGAAAGAUUCCUCGAUUAGAAGCAGAAAGGCGAUUAUUGGAAAAAGAGGCCAGAGGAAACUUUGUACACCCAGACGGGGCAUUCCUGCUCCGGAAUAGCGAGAGUGCCCCCGGGGAAUUCUCAAUAUCAGUCAAGUUUCAAGAAAAUAUCCAGCAUUUUAAAGUAUUAAGGGAUGGAGCAGGGAAAUAUUUCCUAUGGGUUGUCAAGUUCAACUCUAUAAACGAACUGAUCGAAUAUCAUCGGAUGUCAUCUGUCAAUCGUGGACAGACCAUUGUACUCAAAGAUAUGGCGACUAACAGGAAAAAGAAAGCGUCAGCACUGUAUGAAUUCAAACCAGAAACGCAGGGGGAGCUAGGAUUCUGCAAAGGUGAUAUCAUAACAGUUCUGGAAGAGGUGGAUAACAAUUGGUGGAAAGGCGAGCAUAACGGCCAGGAGGGGUUGUUUCCUGCUGCAUAUGUCAGAAAGAUGGACCUGUAAAUCUUCCGACUCUAGCUUGUGGAAAAUCAGCUUGAAAAAAAUCAUUUGUAAUGUCAUCUUUUAUAAGGACAAGAUCCUCACCCUGUCUGUUCUGAUGGAUUGGUCCAAAAUAUCAGCACAGUGUCUGAUAUAUAUUGGCACUCACGAAAAAACUAAUAUUCGUUAGCCAUAGUGUGCCAGCCUUAUUGCAUAUACCCAUCUUCUAAUUGUGUACCAUAGGAGACCUUACUCCGUCGGCAGUCUCAGAAAAGGAUUAUCUUUCCAAUCAACUAUUUAAGAUUUUUUUUUUCCCAAGAAGAUGAAAGAUGUACCAUGUAUUUGUAUAAAUUUCAUUUUUCAUGUAGAUACUCAUUGUACAUAAGCAAACAUUUUUCAGCAGUAUAGAUGUGGCUUAAUGCAUAUUUUAAGCAUUUCUGUGCAAGAUUAUAAGAAAGGUCUUCAUUUGAAUAGCAGUAGAAUAGGUGCAGUAGAGAAAACGUAACAAUCCAAAAGAAUCGUUUCCUCAAUUGUCUCCUCUCAAAUAUGAGAAUUUGCAAAUUGCUUUAGGAUUCAACAAGAAACUAUUGACACCAUUAGGAGUUGUUGGAUUUAAGGACAAUACCCCUACCUACACUGUUGAUCUGCAGUAGAUCUGAUAGCCUGAGAAUUAUAGACUUGUGUGUUUAACCAUUUUCUAUAGCCUGGUUCUAGAAUCAAAUACAGUAGUUCAAUAUUUGUUGGAAGUUCUAUUUACUAAUUUUCAGUUAAGGUUAGAUUGAUGCAUAUAUGUUCCCCUUAUUCACUAAAUAUCAAAUGUUCUGCGUAUAUUUUUUUAAUGUAUACAAAUUUUAGAUGUAUGUUUUGUGAAGGGAUUCUUGCAUAAUGACUACCCAGAUGCUGAAAUCUGUACAGUCUAAUUUGCAGUUUAAUUUCCAGACAUAGCUUACAUAGACAUAUAAAGAGUUAUGGAUUGAAAUCUGUCACAGGUUAUUUUGACAUGUUUAUGUUGCUGUUGAUAUAUGGAUAUAUAUAUUUAUAUACUAUAACUACAUUUUCUUGUGAUCUUGUUUUUCUACUUUCAUUUUCAUUUAAAAGAGUUGCGUGAUUAUCUCCUUGGCAUCAAAAAAAAGUUUUGAAAAGACAACCACUUUCACAUUCUUUCUGCAGUUUGUGUGGCGAUUUUGUCUGUUGAGCUGAUAUGAUGCUUUAAAUUUCUGCUCCUCCUCUUGAUACAUGUACUUCCAAUGUCAAUAUGCUGGUCAAGACAUUUUUGCACUUAAAAAGUAAUGUAACUUAACAUUGGCACUGGUGAUAUAAGAGUUAGUUUCUGAGAAACAGUGUGUCCUCUGCCAUAUUUUAUAAAAUGUUAACAAGAAUGUCAAUAAGUCAUGAAUAAAUUUAGCAAUUUUUAA